AUGUCGAGCCCAAAGAUGCCAGACAAGGCGAAGCAGUCUCCGUCGCCCAAGCCUCUCUCACCUGCGGGCGACCCUGCGCCUCCCUUGCUUGCCGACGACCGCCCUACCAAUACGCAAAUCCCGUUUAGAUGGACUGAUGACGAUACCGACUCAGCGCUGGGCGACGAGGGCAGCAUUCUGUCAUCGACUGUUUCCCUCAACGAAAGCAUCUACAACUACCGCGACCUCCAUGGUCGCACGUACCAGAACUCCAGCACCACUGAAUACUGGGGUCCAAAUGAUGACACACAAAACCUAGGGCUUGACAUUGCCCACCACUUUAUUACCCUACUCCUGGGCGACCGACUCUUCGAGGCGCCAAUCCCCGAGAGGCCAACCAAAGUCCUCGACGUUGGCACCGGAACGGGCAUCUGGGCCAUCGACAUGGCCGACGCCUACCCGUCCUCUGAGAUCAUCGGCACAGACAUCAGCCCCAUCCAACCAGUCUGGGUACCUCAAAAUCUGACCUUUGAGAUCGAAGACGCCCAGCUCGACUGGACCUUCAACCCCUCCUCUUUUGACUUCAUCCACAUGCGCGCCCUAUACGGUAGCAUCGGCGACUGGCCGCGACUCUACCACCAGGCGUACACGGCCCUCAAACCCGGCGGAUGGCUGGAAGACUUCGAAUUCACCAUCACCCUGCACAGCGACUUGCCCGAAAUCAGAGACGACCCAGAUCACAUCUUCAAGCGGUGGGGCACCGUAUUCAUGGAGGCGGGUGACCGGAUGGGCAAGAGCUUGCGGAUCGGCAUGAACGGCCGCAUGACGCGAUACAUGCGCGAAGCGGGAUUCGAACACAUCACUCAAAAGUAUUAUCAGGUGCCGGUGGGCGGUUGGAGUACCGACUACACCUACAAACAGAUUGGACUGUACAAUCUGACCUUUAUGGAAGACAGCCUGGAGGGAUUUGCGUUGUUCCUCUUGAGAGAGAUCAUGGGCUGGGAGUACGCACGCGUCCAGGUCUUUUUGGCCGAGAUGCGAACUGCGCUGCGGCAUACUAAGAGCCGGCCGUAUUAUCUUGUGACGAAUGCGUUUGCGCAGAAACCAGAGACUGCUACAAGCUAG